AUGGGUAACUGUGGGGAAAAAACUGCCAAGGAACUUGCAAUCAGCAGAGAUUCACAAGAUGAGUACGCCAUUGGAAGUUAUAAGAAAUCUGCCGCUGCUUGGAAGGUUUUUGAAAUAAACUUGAUUGUAUCUUUUGAAGUAUGCACUCAUUUCCAGAACGGGAUUAUGACUUCUGAGAUAGUACCUGUCAGUGUGAAAACCAAGAAGGGCGAAAAUGUUGUAGAUACUGAUGAAGAGUUCUUGAAAAUCAACUUCGACAAGAUAAAGCAGCUGAAAACCGUAUUUCAAAAGGAUGGAACGGUUACUGCUGGCAACGCAUCAACUUUAAAUGAUGGUGCCGCAGCUGUACUACUUGCUAGCGAAGACGCUAUAAAUGGACAUAACCUGACUCCGAUGGCUAGAAUACUUGCAUUUGCUGAUGCUGCGACAGAUCCACUUGAUUUUGCUCUUGCACCACCACUUGUGGUGCCGAAGGUUAGCGUUUAUCACUUGAUAAUUCACAAAUUUUGA